ACGACCAGCGCUUCCAACGGCAAUAUCGAGAGUUCCUAAUCCAAGAUGACGAAGGGAACAUCCAGCUUUGGCAAGCGCCACAACAAGACGCACACUCUGUGCCGACGAUGCGGUCGCCGAUCUUUCCACAUCCAAAAGCACACCUGUGGCUCCUGCGGUUAUCCAGCUGCUAAGAUGCGGAAAUAUAACUGGGGUGAGAAGGCCCUUCGACGCAGAACCACCGGCACUGGUCGCAUGAGAUACCUUAAGGUCGUCCAGAGACGAUUCAAGAACGGCUUCCAGACCGGAACCCCCAAGGGCGCUCGGGGACCUCAGACCGCAUAGAUAAUGUCCAUUUCGUUUUCUUCGGUUUCUAGGGGUAUUUAGGAAAAGGUUUACCAUACCAUUUUCCAUCAUGAGGAGCGGGUAAUUGAAUCUUGCUGGGACCAACUAGCUGUUUUUAUGAGCUUAGUUUGUUUUUUACGCGGCGUGGUAUCCCGACAAAUUCAAUUUUAUGAUCGAAUCUACCAAGAAGAUCAAGUUCAUGGACCGGAAAAUGUGGAAAUAAACGGAGUGCAUGGGUCUUUUCUCUUGUUCGAUACUGACAGGAAUCCAUUUUCGCCCGGAAUGACAAGGACGAUUUGGUUUCGCUAAUA